CUGGGAGUACUCUACGCGAACGGUCAGCAUGGCGUCCAGCAGAACAUGAAGAAAGCCAUGAAGAUCUGGAAGCGCGCCGCGGAGCUCGGGGAUUUGGAUGCCUUUUCAAAGCUUGCGUAUAUGUAUGUGAGCGGCGAGGGAGGCAAGGUGGACAAGCAGAAGGCGCUCCGGCUGUAUCGCACGGCUGCGGACGGGGGCCUUGCAACAGCGCAAAACAAUCUCGCCCAUUUGCUACUCAGUCUUGAUGAGCCCCACUACCUCGAAGCCAUGAACUACUACGAGCUCGCUGCACUUCAAGGCUUGACCUGUGCUGAAUAUGCGUUUGGAAACUACCAGAACAACCUCGGACGUGUCGAUGAUGCCAGACGCUGGUAUGCGCGAGCGGCCGCCAAAGGACACAGGGAAUCCAUCGCCGCGCUUGAGAACGACAACGGCAUGUGUGUUUCCGAGCAGUCCGUGUUGUACUGGAAGUCCAUCUUGAAUUUAGGAUUGCCAUUUGCCGAAUACAAUCUCGGAGCAGCAUACGAGACCGGAACGUUUGUGGAGCGCGAUCUCGAAGAAGCCUUACGAUUGUACGUUCUCGCGGCCUCCAAGGGAUUUGAGCCAGCGAACGAGCGUCUUCGAACUAUCGGCGAACUACUACAAGUAGCAGAGACAGGUGAAAGUAGUACUACGAAGUAG